ACCAAAUCCCCACCGAUGUCACCGCCCACUGCGUGCCUUCUUAUCCACAACACAUCGCCAUUCCUCAUCAACCAAGCGCCGUUCUGCCUCCAUCUUCCUCCUGCUGGCUGACCACCCGUCGUUGCUCCUCCUCUUCCUCUCCUCUUCUCCAUCCACCUCACCACCCAAUUGUUGCUCUCCUGUUCUUGGCCGCGGUGGCUGGCCAGAGCCACAUCCCAGCUGACGGCAUCGGUGUGCUUUCUGGCUACGGCUGGGGCGGCGAUGGCCUGCUCGUCGGUGCACUGGGGCCGUGGCGGAGCCCCCUCCCGUGCAGUGGUGGUGGUGGAGCCGGGGUUGCGGGGCAGGUGUGCAAUUGGCUCGGUUGCGCCAGAUCUGGCGGCCGGCCAGCACGCGCGGGGGCGGUCUGGUGGUGCUGCUCUUCUGCCGGUGGCCACGGAUGUGGGAGUGCCGAAGCUACCUCCGGUGAAAGCCCCUGGGCCCCGGCUUGUCACCCAUGGUGCUUUUCUUUGGAUUCAUACGCCUCUCCUCUCUUCUCAUUUUCGAUUGGUGACGCAUAUAAUACAUGCGAGCAGAGUGGGACUAUUAAUUGGCAGGCACAAGACUUGGUUCGUAAGGCAGGGAUAGCUUGUGAGGAGUUGGGGCGCGCUGGGGAGAGGAGGGGCUGAAGCGGAACGGUGGUGCCGGUUGAUGCGAUCGCCGGCGUCCGCCGGACAGCGCGGCAGCGGAUGAGGGUCGCAUGGGUUACGAGCCUCCUGGCGGCUGGGAUCUGGAGGCGAGGGAGAGAGGAGAGUCCGUCCUCAUAUCUGUUCAUGCUUUUUACAAUCCAGGGUGAAACCUUUUCUCACUUUAAAAAAGAGUGCGGCUUGAAUUACCUAAAAGAUAAGGGCUUUUCUGCAAAA